AUGCCUGUUAUUGAUACUGGCAAAGAUUUGUCGGCCCUCUUCACGAAACAAGUGAAAGAGACGCCUGAUGCCAUUGCCCUUGAGGACGAGUCAAACACAUACUCAUACGCCGAGCUCGACCAGGUUGUUGAGGCUCUUUCUCAACGUCUCCGCAACUACGGCGUCAGUCGUGACACACUAGUUGGUGUGCUACUUCCACGCAGUGCCGACUAUGUGAUUGCCUGUCUUGCUUCACUACGUGCUGGAGGAGCAUUCCUCGUUCUCGAACUCGCAUACCCUCCGGAUCUAUUGGCCGACGUCAUUGACGACGCCAAACCCGCUGUCGUUGUUACCCACAGCUCUGAGGUUGGCAAGAUCCAGCAAGGUGUUCCAGUCAUUGCUCUUAAUGAGGAAGCACAAGAAAUCAAUGGCGAUCACAAAGAGCCAGCGCCUCUGCCCGCUGACGAUGAUCUUGAGCGCCUUGCUUUUGUUGCUUAUUCGUCAGGUACCACUGGAAAGCCCAAGGGUAUCGCCAACCCUCACAGAGCACCCGUGCUAUCAUAUGACUUGAGAUUCGCCGUCUCGGAUCAGCAGCCAGGCGACCGUGUUGCAUGCAAUGUCUUUUUCAUCUGGGAAAUCUUGCGUCCUCUAUUACGUGGAGCCACUGUCGUCGCCGUUCCUGAUGAGGUCAGCUAUGAUCCUCAUGCCCUUGUUGAAUUGCUUGCAACCAAGAAAAUCACCGAGACUUUGAUGACUCCCACUCUCCUGGCCACUGUUCUCUCGCGUCACCCUGACAUAGCCGAACGUCUCCCUGACCUCCGUGUCCUAUGGCUCAAUGGCGAAGUCGUCACUACCGAUCUCGCUCGCAAUGCUUUGAAAGCUUUGCCCAAAGUGCGCCUACUUAAUUGCUACAGUGCUUGUGAGACACAUGAGAUUGCUUGUGGUAACAUUGGCGAGAUGCUCGAGCAUCUUGAUGAGGCUGCCCUCUACUGUCCAGUCGGCCCAUCUCUCGACCCCGAACAUACCUACAUUGUCGAUGAGGCUGGCAACAGAGUAGAGGACGGUGUUAGUGGAGAGCUCUUCUUCGGCGGUAAACUUUUGGCUCGCGGCUACCUCAACCUGCCCGAGACUACCGCUAAAGCUUUCCUGAGAGACGAGUAUGACUCGACUGAGGGAGCUCUUAUGUAUAGAACCGGAGACCUGGCACGUAUGCUUCCUUCGGGCCUUCUUGAAAUCACUGGUCGUGUUGGAUCCAUGAUCAAGUUACGCGGCUACUCUGUCGUACCUGCCAAGGUUGAGAAGUCUAUUGUUACCCAUCUCGCUGUCAGUCAGUGCGCAGUCAUCGCCCAUGGAGAGGGUCUUGACAGACAAUUGGUGGCUUACAUCGUGCGCGACAAGAACGAGACCAAAGACCGCAAGUUUCCUGAGAUUCUUGAAUCGGGGCACAGCCCCGAAGCUCGCAAAGCACUUUCUGAGGCUCUAGCACAGUACAUGCUUCCCUCAUUAUGGGUUGUGCUUGACGAAUUGCCUCUGCACGAAGUGUCUGGAAAGGUCGAUCUCAAGAAGCUGCCAGCACCCGUCACAACCCCACCCGCCAAUGGAACUAAGGCUGCUCAGGCACAAGAUCCAAUCGGCGUCAACGAUGUCGCGGAGGUCUGGGCCGCCAUCUUGAACAUGCCCCGAAGCAUCAUCUCGCCUUCGAGCAAUUUCUUCGAUUUGGGUGGUCACUCCCUUUCGCUCGCAAACUUGGCCGCGAAGCUUUCGAAGACUUUCGGCUUCCGGGUUCCUGUCGCUCGUCUCGCAGAUCCGCCUACUCUUGCUGGUCACGUCGAGACUGUUCGUGGCGUCCGAGAUGGACAUGCUGCUGCGGUGCAAGCAGAUCUGCCUGCCGUACUGCGCAAGGAUUCAACCCUUGACAACGACAUUCAGGCCAAUGGAGCCAAGUUUUGCCCUUUGAACAAAGCUAACACUGUUCUUCUGACUGGUGCGACUGGUUUCUUGGGCGCUUUCCUUCUGAACGAUCUCUUGGAGAACACAUCAGCUCAAAUCAUUUGUCUUGUGCGCUUCAACAACCCUGAAGGUAGCGAUUACUCUGCUGGUAUCGCAAGACUGAGGAGACAUCUUCUUGACUUGGGCUUGUGGCGUGAUUCGAUCAUGGAACGUGUUGAAAUGCUGCCUGGUAACCUCUCUCGUGAGCGCCUCGGCCUUGAUCCGAACCUCUGGAACGACGUGGUUUCUAGAGUCAAUGUCAUUGUUCACGCUGGAGCUACUGUCAACCUGGUCUAUCCUUAUGCCUCUCUGCGUGGCGCCAACAUCGAGGGUACCAGAGAGAUCCUGCGCCUUGCUUCCCAGAGUGGUGCCACCGUUCAGUAUGUCUCGACCAACGGUGUCUUACCUCCUUCCAAGCAUGGCUGGCCUGAGUUUGCUAUGCUUGACGUCGACUCUGUCCAAGACAAGCUUCUCGAUGGUUAUGGCCAGACCAAGUGGGUUGCCGAACAGCUUGUUCACGAGGCUAGUCGCCGUGGCCUACCAGUCAAGAUCCUGCGUGCAGGUACAAUCAGUGGUCACAGUUUGACCGGUUCUGCUAACGCCUGGGAUCUGGUAUCUGCUCUGAUCGUUGAGUCAAUUCAUCUUGGCUUCCAUCCCGAUGUCGAGGGAUGGCGCGCUGAGAUGACUCCUGUUGACUUUGUCAGCAAAGCCAUUAUCCACCUUGCCAACCAAUCUCAAGCUAAGCAGCUUGUCUUCCAUCUUGGUGAUCCCACUCCUGUUGACAUGAGCUCCGUUUUCGAAGAUUUAGAGAAGCUUGGCUACCCAACAAAGCCCCUUGACUGGGAGGAGUGGGUUACUAUGUGGACUGAAAAGCGAGGAAAUGUUAGAGGCGGUGAUGGCAACUUCACUGUCGACAUUCUUCGCAGUGGUAUGCCCAGCGUCGAAUUCCUCAGAGGUAUCGUUGUUCUUAACAACGAGGCCACUAGACCUUUCCGCUCUGUCGUCGAACGUCCUAAGGUUGAUGCUGUUCUCCUCGAGACGUACACUCGCCACUGGUUUGCUAGAGGAUGGCUACCCCGCCCUCCUUCAGGUUUGAGCUCUCUUGGUGGGGCUGCACACAUGCCACGCAGGGGACCCUUGAGCGGACGUGUUGCCGUUGUCACUGGAGCUUCAUCUGGAAUUGGCGCUGCUGUCGCUGUUGCCCUCGCAAGAGAAGGUUGUCACAUUGCUCUUGCUGCCCGUCGCACAGAUGCUCUGGAAGCACUCAAGCGCAGACUCACCGUCCGCGAAGGCAAAGUCAUCGUUCGCCAAACCGAUGUCACAAACCGUCAGCAGGUCCAAGCUCUUAUUCAGGCUACUGAAGAGGAGUUGGGCCCGGUCGAUAUCCUCGUUUCAUGCGCUGGUGUCAUGUACUUCACCAUGAUGGCCAACGCUAAGGUCGAUGAGUGGGAACAAACCGUCGAUGUCAACUGCAAGGGUCUGUUGAACUGCUUGUCCUCCACCGUUCCUGGCAUGCUUGAACGUGGUGCUGGCCACAUUGUUGCCAUUUCAUCAGACGCUGGUCGCAAAUGCUUCCCUGGGCUUGGUGUCUACUCGGCCAGUAAGGUCUUUGUCGAAUUCACCCUGCAAGCCUUGCGUCUCGAGACCGCAGGCAAGGGUCUCCGCGUCACUGGUGUCCAGCCUGGAAACACACAGACCGACCUCCUCACUAUGUCCAGCGACAAGGAGGCCGUUGCGAAGUACGGAGAACCUUCUGGCGCCCAGAUUCUCGACCCUGAAGAUGUCGCCAACUCGAUUGUCUAUGCGCUUAAGCAGCCCGCUCACGUUGCCGUCAACGAGAUUCUGAUUGAACCCCGUGACGAGCCUAUCUGA